AUGACCUUGCGUCUCACUUCAGCCCCAGUCGCCGGCAUUCAAAAACGAAAAUCAGCCAAGCCUCUACCUAAAGCCCACGCCUCGCCCUUUGCCGCCCAUGCACGCCGCAAAGCCAAUGCAGCCACAACUGGCUUGAAAGCCGGCCUAGACUUCGGUCUAGACGAACCCCUUCCAGACGAAGGUACAUCUCAAUACAUAUCAGAAACUGCCGCAGUUGAAAAUGUGGAGCAAGCGAUCAGGCAUGUACGAACGAAAAUGUUCGAGGAUAUGCCUCAGCGAGCGGGGAUGAAUAGCACGCGCAUUGCGGAGGUUCUGAAUCUGCGCCGGUCGUUACCCCCGCUUGCCUCCGUUGCCCAUAUACACACCUUGUUGAAUGCACCAACACAGGUGGAGCGAGAAAUCGUCGAGUUGCUGAAAUCAGGACGGGUGCGGCGUCUGAUCAUUCCAGGGCGUGGCAAUGAUGCAGCGGGACUAGGGGAUUGUCUAGUCCUCGCGGAAGAUUGGGAGCAGCUGGUACGUGACUGUCCAGCUCUGAGUCCCGAGAUCAAGGAUAUCCUCAAUCGCAUCGGAACCCAUUCUGCACUCUCGCAGGGCAUCUUCGAACCCGACGAGUAUCGAGCUUUGAUGCGCGCCGGAUUCCUCGUCUCAUCUUCGACGCUCACACAGGGCUCAUUGAGUCUCGCGUCUCUUCCCAACUUGCCCGGCGCAGCAGUGUCGUCAGCCAGUCGGAGUAGAUCUGCACAUUCUGAGACAGACAGACCCGUACAAAAUGACGCGCAGGCUCGUUCGGCGACAUUAUUUUUGUCUCUACCUAAUACUGGAACAUACCUAAGAUUACUGGGUGCAGGUCGUGCGCACCUCCUCGCCCUCCUCCGACGGUCCCGAUGUGGUGAGGCACCGCUGGACUUGCUUAGAGAGCGGUGGGACGGGGCAGUGGAAACGGACAAGGGCUUCCACUUAGCGAAAAGGGCUCGAGGCGAGUUUGCGGGGAUUUUGCCGGGAAAAACCAAAAAGUGGAAGGAUAUGUACGGCAUGCAAUUCCGUUGGGUGCUGGAAGAGGCACUGGGCGCUGGACUCGUAGAAAUGUUUGAAACAGGCAGCGUAGGACCAGGAAUUCGCUGUCUCUAA